CGGGCGGGAUCGGUGCCCUCCUUUCCCUGCGGUCAAGCAGGGAGUGAGAGUGGCGAGCAGAGGGCAAGCCAUAUCCUCCAGGACUGGGGAGGGGGAAAGGCCUCUCUUCUGAUCGAGCCAGGAACGGCGGAGCCCUGAUUUGCUGCUGUCGCCGCCGCCUCAGAAACGCCAAGAAGCAGUUCUUUCUGCUUCGCCGUUUAGUUGGGAGUUGUUUUCUUCUCGGUGUGUCUGUUGGGUGUGUGUGUGUGUGAGAGAGAGAGAGAGAAUGUGUGUGUGAGGCAAGGGAAUAGAUUCUUAACAUUUCAGAUUAUAAUUUGAGACUGAAAACACGUAAUGGAGCAAAACGCCGUUAAAAAUCCUUGUGAAGACGACGCCUUGUUAUUUUUAAACGUUAAGUAACUGAAAAUAACUCCCUUAAAAAAGAUACAGCUGAGACAUUUGGAUUUUUGUUUUGGUUUUCUUAAACCUCAGCCUUUAAACCUCCUGCCCCUGUCUGCCUUGUGGGGGCAUUGAAGACGCAGCUUACACAUGACAAUCGAUUUUUUUGUCCUCACCGCCUCUGGAUAUGACUUAUUUGAAACCUGAGUGGUCUUUUGAUAUUGUGAAGACGCGUGGGAAAUAAUAGGGUUUUCAGUAUUAUAACCAUGAACAUCUGCUUGGGAAAAGGAAUAUGCAUAUUGGUUUGAGAACCAAAACUCCCGUCUCCAGAUUGAAGCGAACAAGAGGGAGCCAAGCCCUGAAACAUGAAGACAGAUUCGUGUAAUGGAGUAAAUGCUCAGGCAGCUCCUCUCAUCUGCCAUUUGCCCUUUCAGAUUGGAUUGUAAACUAAGAGGUUAAGACUCUUCGGAGACAGGAGAUUUCCUCCUGUCGGCAUUUUGUUUAAUUAUACACAUCACUCACCCUUCUGGGUUUCUCAAAAUAUGACUGCCUUGCUGCAGCACCUUUUGCUGGUGCUCCUCUUCUCCAGUGCCACCUUACUGCUCAGCACUGCGGCUGCUGCCCAGAGUGAAGAAACAACAUGUGCUUUUAGGGACCCUUACCAAAAUGAUCAUGGGAUUAGUGAAAGUCGAAUUUCUCAAGAGAAUGGUACAGUUUUGUGUAUGAAAGGUAACACCUGUUAUGGUCUCUGGGAGAAAACACGAGAAGGAGACAUACAUCUGGUUAAACAAGGAUGUUGGUCUCAUAUAGGAGACCCCCAAGAGUGUCACUCUGAAGAGUGCAUAGUAACCACCACCCCUUCCUUGGUUCAGAAUGGGACAUACCGCUUCUGCUGCUGUAGUACCAACCUGUGCAAUGUCAACUUCACAGAAAACUUUCCACCAAAUCCUACUGGUGAAAAGCCCAUCAGUUCACCUCAUUCACUUCACCGAGAUGAAACCAUUGUCAUUGCUCUGGCCUCAGUGUCUGUACUGGCUGUUUUGGUGGUUGCUCUUUUCUUUGGAUACAGAAUGUUUGCAGGGGACCGUAAACAAGGUCUGCAUAGCAUGAACAUGAUGGAAGCAGCAGCAUCAGAACCCUCAUUAGAUCUGGAUAAUCUGAAGCUCUUGGAGCUGAUUGGUCGAGGACGAUAUGGAGCAGUAUACAAAGGUUCCUUAGAUGAACGUCCAGUGGCUGUAAAAGUAUUUUCUUUCACUAAUCGUCAAAACUUUAUCAAUGAGAGAAACAUCUACAGAAUCCCACUGAUGGAACAUGACAACAUUGCCCGCUUUAUUGUGGGAGAUGAGAGAUUCACCACAGAUGGACGGAUGGAAUAUUUAUUAGUGAUGGAAUAUUAUCCCAAUGGUUCAUUGAGCAGAUAUUUGAGCCUUCAUGCAAGUGACUGGGUGAGCUCCUGUCAUUUGGCACACUCUGUAACUAGAGGCCUGGCAUAUCUUCACACAGAAUUACCUCGAGGAGAUCACUACAAGCCUGCCAUCUCCCACCGUGAUUUGAACAGCCGUAAUGUAUUGGUGAAGAAUGAUGGAACAUGCGUCAUAAGUGAUUUUGGCCUCUCCAUGAAGCUGACAGGAAAUAGACUGGUGCGCCCAGGUGAGGAGGACAAUGCUGCAAUUAGUGAGGUUGGAACAAUCCGCUAUAUGGCCCCUGAAGUGCUGGAAGGAGCAGUGAACCUGAGGGAUUGUGAGUCUGCUCUGAAGCAAGUAGAUAUGUAUGCACUAGGUUUAAUCUACUGGGAGAUUUUUAUGAGAUGCACAGACCUGUUCCCAGGAGAAUCAGUUCCAGAAUUCCAGACAGCAUUCCAAACGGAAGUUGGAAACCACCCCACUUUUGAAGAUAUGCAAGUCCUUGUUUCAAGGGAAAAGCAACGACCAAAAUUCCCAGAGGCCUGGAAAGAGAACAGCUUGGCUGUGAGGUCACUAAAAGAGACAAUCGAAGACUGUUGGGAUCAAGAUGCUGAAGCUCGGCUGACAGCCCAGUGUGCGGAAGAGAGGAUGGCUGAACUCAUGAUGAUCUGGGAGAGGAAUAAAUCUGUCAGCCCAACAGUUAACCCUAUGUCUACAGCUAUGCAGAAUGAGAGAAAUCUGUCACACCAUAGGCGUGUGCCAAAGAUCAGACCAUAUCAAGAUUACUCUUCCUCAUCUUACAUUGAGGACUCCAUUCACCACACUGACAGCAUAGUGAAGAACAUUUCCUCUGAGCUUUCCAUGUCAAGCACACCACUGACGCUUGGGGAGAAGAACAGAAACUCCAUUAACUACGAGCGGCAGCAAGCACAAGCCCGUAUUCCUAGCCCUGAGACGAGCGUCACAAGCUUGUCAACAAACACCACCACCACCAACACAACUGGCCUCACCCCAAGCACUGGCAUGACCACCAUAUCCGAGAUGCCUUACUCAGGUGAAACAAACCUUGGUGCUGCAAAUGGCGUGCAGCCACUUGGGCCAACUCCUGUUUGCCUGCAGCUAACAGAGGAGGACUUGGAGACCAACAAGCUGGAUCCAAAGGAAGUCGACAAGAACUUAAAGGAGAGCUCUGAUGAGAACCUGAUGGAGCAUUCCCUGAAGCAGUUCAGUGGGCCAGAUCCGCUCAGCAGCACUAGUUCCAGCUUGUUGUACCCACUGAUAAAACUGGCUGUAGAAGCAACGGGGCAGCAGGACUUCACGCAAGCUGGCAAUGGUCAAGCAUGUCUGAUUCCAGAUGUCCAGCCUGCUCAGGUCUACCCUCUUCCCAAGCAGCAGAACCUCCCAAAGAGGCCUACUAGCCUACCCUUAAGCACCAAAAACUCGACAAAAGAGCCCCGGCUGAAAUUUGGAGGGAAGCACAAAUCAAACUUGAAGCAAGUAGAAACUGGAGUCGCUAAGAUGAACACUAUCAAUGCUGCAGAACCUCAUGUGGUGACCGUUACCACCAAUGAAGUAGCAGGAAGGAGCCAUGCAAUAAACGCUCAUGCUGCUGCAGCCCAAUAUGCCAAUGGCACAAUGCCAUCAGGCCAGGCGACGGGCUCAGGGGCACACAGGGCCCAGGAGAUGUUGCAGAACCAGUUCAGCGGAGAGGACACUCGUCUGAACAUCAACUCAAGCCCCGACGAACACGAACCCUUAUUGAGAAGGGAGCAGCAAGUGAGCCAGGAUGAAGGCAUUCUGGAUCGUCUAGUUGACAGGAGAGAACGGUCCCUGGAUAACGGCCGAACAAAUGCCAACAACAACAACAGUAACCCGUGUCCAGGGCAAGGAGUUUCGACUUUUGGCAACCAGAGGAUGACACCAAAUUCUGGACAAACCCAGACUAGAAGAGCACAGAGGCCUAACUCACUGGAUCUGUCAGCAACAAAUACCUUGGAUGGCUGUAGUACGCAGUUAAGCGAGUCAUCCCUAGAUGGCAAACCCGGCUCAGGAGAAAAGAUCAAGAAACGUGUGAAAACACCAUAUUCCCUUAAGCGGUGGCGCCCCUCAACAUGGGUCAUAUCUACAGAGCCGCUUGACUGUGAGGUCAACAACAAUGGCAACGAUCGAGUGGUUAGUUCUAAGUCCAGCACAGCUGUUUAUCUUGUAGAAGGAGGUACUGCCACAACGAUGGUGUCAAAGGAUACGGGAGUGAACUGUCUGUGAAUUGUUUAAAAGCUGACAAAAAUGACAUUGUUGCAUUCUGUUAAACAUGCAGAAGACUUUUUUUUAAAAAACUGCUUUCUCCUGUCAGCAUCCCUUACCAAGGACUUGCUUUAAAUAGAUUUCAGCUAUGCAGACAAUUUUUUAGCUUAUGCUUCCAUAUUUUUAAUUUUGUUCUUUUUUUUAACAUUUUUGCACUUUUUAUUUAGUAUUGCAAAGUUACAUCUGUCUGUCCUUGACCACAGAAUUAUAUAUAAAUGUAUCAAAUGCUGUGGUCUCAAAAUAUUUUUUUUAAAAAACAAAAACAAAAAAAUGUAUUGCUGAUAAUCAGUUUGGACCGGUUUCUAAAGGUCACUAAACACAUAAGCCAAUGGGCUACAGUGGUGUCUGCUAUUCAUGUUUUGGGUUCUGUGCACAAGCUCACUUGUAUGUUUCUGUGUGACAGAGUGUAUUAUCUUUUGAACUCUCUAUUUUUCACUUGUGUUAUGUUGAAAUGUGCAAUAGUCUACAGUACCUGGUUUGUGUUCCAACACUACAACACACUCUCCCUUUUGGAAUUAAAAGGUGUUGGGAUCUUUUAAUCUCAUAAUUUGGCAGCCUGAGCUUUUAACUGUGAACUCUGCUUGAAGCAGCUGCUUGUAUCAAUAUGUGUGCUCCAAGGUCACAGUUAAUGUAUGAUUUUCCCUGCCUUAAAAGGGCUCUUAAAAAAAAAAUAAACCAGAACAAAAAAUGUUCUUUCAUCCUUCCAAAUUAGCUGUUUUCAGUUUUCUUCUUAAUGGAUGAUGCAAGUGUUGAACAAAAUGAAAGGAACCAAAGGUCAGUUUGUACAACCAGUGGAGGUAGUUACCAGUCCAAUAAGUCUGAUUCUUAACAAACCUGCCUCCCAUUGGCAGGUUUUACAGCCUAAGAAAGCUCUGCCUUGGAGAGAGCUCUGUGGUAUCUUUCAUAAAGCCAAGAUGCAUGCAAGAAUUGCAGCUAUUGUGUACGUUAAGUAGCUCCAGCUGUUGACCGCUUUUCAUUUUACCUUUUAUACAAUUUGACUGUUAAGUAUGGUUUGUGUUUAUGUACAUCUUUCCUUAAUGAAUGCCUUUGUUGCAUAUUGAAAAGUUCAAUUUUGUCUAAUCAUGAUAAGUUAUCUUAAAAUGUCACUGUAGGUUGGUUGCUAAAAAAGCUUUUUAAGCAGAAGAGUUAAAACACGGACUUUCACGGAUUCCUAUACCUCUGUUAUUUUCACUUCCCAAAUGGUCUAGAUUAGUAUUGCAUCAGGUUUUUGGUAUGCAAUUGGUUAUUUUAGAGUGUAAUCAAAAAGAUGCAUUUCUUACAAAACCUUGCCCUGUGCAUCAGUUGCCCCUUUAGAACACUACUCAUGCCUACCAUGAAAACAUCAAUUUUUUUUCUUGGGGAAACAUUCAGAAUAUAUGAAACACUGCAUAUUUGUGCAUGUCUGGCCAAUUAUGUACCACUUUUGAAAGACAGUAGAAACAUCUACCUAGACAGAAACUGCUAGAUAUUUGCUUUCUGAUCCUUGUCCCAGCAUGAAGCCUUUUGUCUCAGUUGUUGUUCAGGCUUGUGUAACAUUUCAAAAUGCAUAUUUAUAUAAGUAAAUAGCACCUAGCAUGAUACGGUUCUGAACACAAGAUUGAUUUGUUUCAUCAUGAUCCAGGGCUGGCUUAAAUAGAUAUUUGGUCUACACAUAUCAAACUUUUUAAAGCACUUCCUUAUGCACAUUUCUGCUAGAUUGGUUAAUUUAUUUUUUUAGACUUCUGAAGAAUUUAUUUCCUUACUUCUGUAGUCCCCAAUUUUUUCCCACUCUUAGGUCUUGAAAACUGUGCUUAGAGUUCAUAAAAGAUACUCAGAUACAGAUGAUUAGAGUGAAUGUUGGUAUUACAUGGAUAAUCCAGUUCAUUUGCAAAUGAAAGUAGUUAAUUAAAGUGAUCUAAAUGAGAUGAAAUUCUGGACCAGGAUAUUGGAGACAGCAUCUAAAAUCCAUCAUAAUUUUGAUUAAUAUUUAAAGUUUUCCAUGAGAUAAGACUUCUGUUUGCAUCAUAUGAUACCUAUGGUAGAAGCCCCCUUUUUUUAGCCCUUCAUGGACCACUACUCAUUUUAAAAAUCUGUCACUUUCCCACUCACAUUACUCUCUUCAGUGUCAUCGUACAUCAUUAUUAAGUAUCACUGCAGAUCUUGCAUGCCCUUCCUGGCCAUUGCAUGCCUAUUCUAUUAGAAAGCUGGGGCCCAAACUCUUGCAGUGUACAUAUAUUUUGACCUGACCAUAAUUUAUUCUUUCUUGGUUUUAGAAUAGGGUCAUUUAGUGUGUCAUUCAGUUUCCACAUCAAAAAUUCAGUCAUUUCACAAUGUUAAACUUGGGGUGGGGGGCAUUGGGUACCUAGUUAAUAUUUUUGAGGCUAUUUUAUGGAGAACUGUUUCACAGCUUUAAAGCUAUGAAUUCCUCAAUGCCAAGUUCUAAAUGGAAACAGCCGACGAAGGUUUGAGACAUUGGAAGGACUAGCCCCACCUCUAGGCACAGUGAGAAGGCUGUGCCUCAGGGCUAACUCUGGGAGUAAGACUGGGCAACCUUUAAAAAGCAAACUAAUACUAUGCCAUUUUUACUGCCAGCAAGGAGAGAGACAUUUUCUGCCUUGUCUGCCAAAACAUAAUGGCCAUUCCUGGGUCUUAUAGAGAAUAUCCAUUGCUAUCUCUUUGUGAAAGGGCUUUCAUUUGUUGCUUUGCUUCAGGCAGAGGCAAUUUAUGUCUUCUGCUGGCUGUAGGCAUCAGCUAAGUGGUUGCUUCAUCCUUAAGGACAAGCUUAAGGUACUUUAGUUAGAAAAAGCUAUGCACCCAAUGAGCUCCGAAUUUUUCCAGUCACACUUCCCAUUGACAGGAAUGCGGUUUACACUGGGAGGUAGCAAAGUCAGUAGCAGGGGGGAUUCACCAGGAGAGCAACUUGUGGAUCAAUCCAUGCCUGCAGCAUUGAGGGCCUCCAGGUGGACUUAACCACUUGAGCUCCCUUUUGGGUCAGGAGCAUCUCUGGCCUGGGUAUUUUUGUUCAAGGCCAGAAUCAUCACCAUUUCCUCUCUAAACGUUGGACAGCAUCUCACAGUGUGCACUCCUAGGCCAAGGAUGUACAACCUCAUGCCCAGGCAACAAGUCCCGCCCCCUCCCCCCGAGGUUCUCCAGAUGGCCAUGCACCUUCCCAUGACCACCCCUAUUCUCCCUAGCCAACUGCUUCAUGGUUUGGGUACAGUCUAUCUCCCCAUGGCGCUCCUAAGACUUAGUUUCUGACAGUAAGAACUUUAUGUUAGGAUAUGCUGAUUUGGUUUAGCCUUGCCCCAUUAGCUCUACACAUCACUGAAGUGCAGUGCCCGAGAGCGUCUCCAAAAUGGAAUUCAGUCCUUGAGCUGAAAGAGGUUCUGUACCCCUCUCUAAGACCACAUGUGGGCAGCCUGUUUGCUCUGUGCAGGCUACAAAUCGUUUAGGUGCCCUGGUAACCUUCCCCACCCCACAGCUCAAAAGUAAAAGACGGGCUGCUGACUAUGACCACUGGCAGAGGGUGGCUUUAAUCUCUCCCCCACCACCCGACCCCCUAGGAGUGUUCAUCAAGCUCCUCAGUCAAAAUGAAAAAGUAGUGGUCCAGAGCAGUCACAGUGGGGAGGUUGCUGGCAAAGGCCUUGGCUGGGACGUCCCAAAUUCCACAAAAAUUAGCAAACUAUUAGACGAGGCUACUUAGAACUCAACAGAAAGGGCAAGAAAAACUGGAGUAUGUAAUGAUAUGCUGACAAUGAUCGCUGGGCUACUUUGCAGUUGCACUGAUGUCACAGAUCCACAUGCUUCAGUGCAAUCUUUUGAAUGCUCAAGUGCAGGGAUUUUGUGCUUUAGCUCUGUGGGCCAAAUAGGGCCCGACUGGGGUUCCAGUCCAGUCCUCCAGGCUUUCUCAGUUACCCCCUUUCUGCCACUUGAACAGAUCAUAUGGUAGUUUCCUGACUUUGGCUGAAAUGUCCCUCCUAAGGCUUGGUUGCUGGCAGUGAGAGCUUUAAGUGACAUUGUACAAGUAUUGUUUGCACCCCUGUUCCUUUUCUCUGCGAUACUAUCUCCUUCAGCUUUUAGCUCAGCCAUGACUGUAACACCCCACUCCCCAAGAGUUCUUCCAAAAUUGAAUGUGGUCCUCAAGCUGAAAGAGAUUGAAUAUCCCUGUUCAAGAGAAUUAAUUUCAUUCAUAAUCUCCAGUGCACUGAUAAUUAACACCGUAGACAUUUAGCCCCAGUGAUCUUUGCCCAGUUAUCAGAAAAAGCAUGUCUACACUCUACCAUAAAAUUAUAUUGAUAGUACUCUAUCAGUAAAGAGUCAUUUAUGAGUAUAUAGCAAGGGCUUCUAUACACUAAUGUUUUGGAGUAAGAAAGUACUUCAUUGAAAGAUUAAUUCUUUUUCCAUUUUGAAAGAGCAGAUAUCUAAAAAUGGAUACCAGCAAGGUGUCUAUGUUCCAUUACUAAGCAAGUCAGAGAAUAUUUAUUUUUCUAGUAAGGCAGGCUCAUCUUUUGCCCUGUAAAUUUCCCCAAAGGAAAAUAUUUACCCAUACUAAUUCAGGGGAAGAGAAAUAGUGCACAUGUUAUGUGUUUGCACUAUUGUAGUUGUGUUUACGUUGUAUAAGCAAGCAAAGGAUUGAAAAGAAAAGAUACGGCUAUCAAGUGUUGAAUUCAUGGAAAAUCAGUGUAAAAAGCAUGCAUUUUGUGUUAGAUUUAAGAGAUGUAGUAACUCAUGCUGCCUUUGCCAUUUCAUUUGAAUCUAGGAAGUUGUUCUGUUCAGUGGUGAAAGUUCAUAUUGCUUUUAUUUCAGUGAACAAGCGCAAAAGUUACAGGUCUGUGUACAUAUUCUGCAGUACCAACAGUGUUUCCCCAAAUCAUUUCUAAUCCUUGAUGCCUGUAGUUUAGGGGAAAAAUGGGAAAACAUCACAUAUGCAUAUCUGUGAAAGAAACUGUCUACUAGCAGUUAUUUGUGGUGUAUUAGUGGCAAGUCCUUUCACUUCAAUGGCAUUGGUAAGGGCUUCUCCUUGUGUUGUAUUCUUACACAUUAUUAUCCCUGAUGUAAUAAAGCAAUGUAAUAUGCCUAUUUAUAUAAAGUUCAUAAAAACCUAUUCCAUCCAUCUAUAUAAGGAAGAAUAAUUUGUCCUUUGUUUUGAUCAUACUUUGUAUGUCUUUCAGUGCAUUUUCCAGUUAACACACACCGCAAGUUAUUGCAAUCUUUGGAAACAUUUUGUAUGAUAUGCUGUCAGAAUACUAAGCCUAAAAUGAGUGGCUUAGUCACUUGUACUACUUUCAUUACUUACUUAUUGCAUCUGACUUGAGCUGCAAAUUAAUUUUGAACCAUAGCCUACUUAUUAAAUAAUCCACUUCAAACCUUAUCAUUAACUUGGCUUGCUUUUCUCUUGUAGGGGAAAAGAUACAGAACCCCCAUAUCUUUUCCCUGUAGUAAGAUAAAUAGCUUAAGGCUGCAGUUUAAAUGGAGAAAGUGGCUACUAGACAAGGAUUAAGUUCAUAACUGUGUGAGGUUAAGGGAGAAAUUAUAUGGGGCACUGAAGUGAGGAGUCAAUUUCAUCUCCAGUACAGGCUGAGCACUAGAAUUAAAGUUGUAGCAUGUCUGAAACAUUUUCCAAUGGCUUUCCUGACACUCACUCAACCAUAUUACAGAAAACAGCCUCAAUUCCAAAGAUCUUGCUAGCCAGGGAAAUUUUUUCAGCAACAAUUUGCAAUUUAAGUCCUGAUGAAAUGUGACAUCUCUGAAAGAGAAGUGUUCCCUUGAGGAAAACCCUCUGGAUCCUGUGCACAAAUGAAUAACAACCUCACAGUUGCUGCUUUGUACUUUUGGGCCUCUUAGUCUGUAGGACAUCUGGAACAAGCAGGAGCUAUUUCUCAUUUUUCACUUGGAUGUAUGAGCAACAUGACAUUCAACUUGAAGAGUCUUUUAUGACUGCCCCAGUUUAAGCACUCACUAAGGUUGCCACCUUUGGCUUAUUCUGGCUGUUACAUUUUCAUUUCUUUGAAUAAAACCAUAACACAAAUGAAAACACAAUAGCCCAUUCUCCUAUUCCCUUUUUUAAAAAUCCUGUUCAGUGUUAAAGAGGAUCAUUUAGGGUAUAAUCCUAUGCAUCACUGGACAGAAAAAAAGUCCUACAAGCAUCACCCAGACAGGCAACUUGUUAAAGUUCCAUUUUAGACAACUUGCUUGUACUUCCUUGUUCUUUGGAAUUUGAACUUCAUGAACGACACUGGUUAAGAGGACUGGUCUCACACUACCUGAGCUAUGAGUACUCAUACUAAAUGUUUAAAGACAGAAAUCAAAUACCGUUCAUCAGUGCUCUGCUGACACAUACCUAGUUGACUGAUUGAAUAGUGCUUGCAUUGCAAGACCACUUCGAGGAUCCAUCUAGACAGCCACUUCAUAAAAUUCUGAAUGGGAGCAAAACAGCAAAGGGUCAUGUGAUUCUUUAAAGGUUAGCACAUUUAUUGUGACAUGAAAUUGUAGGGCUGCCAUUUACAUAGGCACCAAGUGGCCUGGAAACUUGGUUGCCUUAUGUACAGUAAUUGCAUGAUGUACCAUGGCUAAAGAAGAAGUAAAAUGCAGAGGAUAAAAAACUUGAUUACAUCUGAAUUGAGUGCACCUCCUCAACUCAAACCUCAGCACACAGAUUAAUGCAAGAUCCAGUAAGAAAUCGGAAAGUGUGCAAUCUUUUGCUAGUUUAGAUAGAAAAGCAGCCUAAAACUCCCAGCAGGCCCCAUCCAGCUAUGUAGGGAGUUGUAGACUUUUUUUCUGUCUAAACCUGCAUAGAAUUGUGCCUGAAGUGUGCACUGUUUUUUCUUUCCUCUAUGACUUCAGUGUAACAAUAUUUUCUAGAUGGUUUGAAAGCACUUGAUUUUGUUUUGGUAACCCUCCUGUUCUAGAUCUUUGGACAUCUGUUACUAUUUAAUAUCUAUUUAGCACCAACAUGACAAUAUAUAAUGUAUCUUUGGAAUUUUUGGAGCUGUAUCCUUAUCAUCUGCAGCACUUAGACUUUGUCCAUGAAAAAAAUCAAAUUUAGGUUGCAAAAGAAACUGACAACCCCCUCUUUGUUCUGUAUUAGUUGGUGUAGCUUACACCACAACUGAACUGUGUUUCUAGUUGGCAUUUUCAGACGAGAGGAAACAUGUUGUCUUGGCAGGCAAGUCAGUGGCUACAGAUUUAGGACUCCAUUUCAGCUACAUGCUGUAUUGGGACAGUGGCCCAGCACUAAGUGGUGAUAGCAGAAGUUUAACUAUGAAUUCAUGAAUAUUCUCUAACUGGGAAAAAGACUAAGCUACACAACAGUCACCUCUAAAGCAAGUUACCUAGAGGGGAAGAGGAGCCCAAGAACGCUAGUCUUCUCGGUGUUGUCUUGACAGCUAAUGCUUUCUGUUAAUGUAGCCUCUCACUGCUGAAUUUAUAAAUGAUCAGUUUUACUACUUCUGUAUAAGUUUGCCCCAGUACCUUACUAUGCUCUUUUAAGUUGCAUAUUGCAGAUAGUGUGACUACGAAUGAAACUUAACGCUUUUUUAUCAUGGUUUGGAUGCCACGGUGGCAUCUGUGGAUGCCUCUAUGAAAGCUGACAUUAUUGAAAGCCACUUCAGAGUUUUCUAUGAAUACUUGUAACAGAAUGCUUCAUUUAUAUAUGACCCUAUAUAAAGAGACUGUAUUGAUAAAAAGAAAUUGGAUCAGAACAUUAAAAACCUAUUCUUUAGGUUUGGUGGGGCGGGGAGGAGGCUUGCUGUAAAAUGAUGCAUUAAUCCAUUUAAUAAAAAUCACCUUCAUGAAA